UAGAUGCUUCCUCUUCUUCGCCGGAUAAUGGCAGCCUCCUCGUCUUCUUCUUCGUCUUGGGCUUGCAGCCGCUGCACCUUCGUAAACUCUCCGUCUCGCACCUCCUCCUGCCAAGUCUGUCUCUCUCCCGUCCCCGUCGCCUCUUCUCCUUCGUUUUCAUUUUCGUCUUCUACUCUUUCCGAUGUCUCGCGAUGGUCGUGCCGUGCCUGUACCUUCUCCAACCCGACCGCUGCCUCCGCAUGCGAGGUCUGCGGCACUCCCGCCGUCUUGCCCUCUUCCAGGGCCUCUCUCCUCGCGGAGUUGGAGCCCGAACCCUGCGAGCUCGCCGAUCCCGCCAUCGGCCGCAUCUUCCGCCCCCUCCGGCGCUGCGGCACCAAGCGCCCCGCCUCGCCUGGCUCUGUCACAGUCACCCAAAUCUCCUCCGAUGCUGCAUCACAGAAGCUACCUAGGGUGGGCGGAGAUCAGCAGGAACAGCAAACCGUGACCCUAUCCUCGCCUGUCUUAGGAGAUAUUAGUAUGAACCCAAAUAGGAGCAUGUUUAAAAUUUUAAGCUACAAUGUCUGGUUCCGUGAGGAUUUGGAACUCCAUGGGCGAAUGGAAGCUCUUGGAAAUCUCAUCGAACAAUAUGCACCUGAUUUCAUAUGUUUCCAGGAGGUCACAUCAAAUAUUUAUGCGAUUUUCCAAAAAUCAAACUGGUGGAAGCACUACAACUGUUCGCUACCACGACAAAUGGCUGCUCAGAGGCCAUAUUUCUGCAUGCAGAUGAGCAAAUUGCCCGUGAAGGAAUUUAGCCGUGUACCAUUUACCAAUUCAGUGAUGGGAAGAGAGCUAUGCUUAGCUGAGGUUGAAGUCGGAGAGAAACAAAGUUUGAUCAUUGCAACUAGCCACCUUGAGAGUCCCUGUCCUGCACCGCCACGCUGGGACCAAAUGUACAGUAAAGAACGCGUAGCCCAAGCCAAGAUGGCAACUGACGUUCUGGUAGAUUCACCAAAUGUAAUAUUCGCCGGUGACAUGAAUUGGGACGACAAGCUGGAUGGCGCUUUCCCCCUACCCGAUGGUUGGAUUGAUGCUUGGUCGGAGCUAAAACCUGGAGAAAAUGGUUGGACUUACGAUACCAAGGCCAACCAGAUGUUGUCCGGCAACCGAACUUUGCAAAAGAGAUUGGAUAGAUUCAUAUGCUGCCUGCCCGACUUCAAGAUGGAUGGCAUCGAAAUGAUCGGGAUGGAGGCUAUUCCAGGGCUUUCCUAUCGCAAGGAGAAGAAGGUGAAAAAAGAGCUCAGGCAACUGGAACUUCCUGUUCUACCUAGUGAUCACUAUGGUUUGCUGUUGACCAUCCGCCGCUCGUGAUUCAAAUGACUGGAAUCUCAAGAAGCAUUUUGUAGAAAUUUUUUGGGGGAGAAAGUGGAUGAAUAGGUUGCUAUUCAAUUUUGUGCCUAUAACGUCUGUAUGACAUUCACUUGCAUGAGACUUGAUGGCAUUACCAACUAAAGUAUGUUUCUAACUGAUUGUUGGUGGCCUCAGUGGACCUGCCACCGGCAAGAUACUUGAUGAUGCAACAAUUAAAACUCUAAACUCCAGGCUUUUGGCUCACCAAAGUGCUUUCAUCAUGCCAAAUAAAACUAUAGUUGGAUGGUUCUCUCUCUUU